GUGUCGUAUGCGCGCUACUUAACGGCUGACAACUCUUUACACAUAGGCCGAGCAAACACCCGCAAAAAAGGAGAGCACAUCUACCUACAAGUUCUAUUCCAAUUUUUGUGGCGUGUGGGCGAUGUGUAGGAAACAACAACAACAGCACGGGCGUUAAAAGUCACUUACCUUAUCAGCGAGAGCACAUAGGAACAUACAAACAACUAUAACAACAACAAUCACUUUUUGGCUAGACAGAGUCGCGCGCGCAUAAUCAAGCGGUUUCUUAACUGUUUUCAGUUCUCUCCGAAGCGUCUUGCGCAGCAGCAAAGGCUAUUUUAACGAAGCGCAAACGCGGCCCGAGCUUAAAACCAAAGAAACAGACGCGACAGCAACAACACAUUUGCCGUGAAACAGAGACGUCGUCCUUGUCGCUGUGUUGUUUAAAGGAGCUGCGAUAUACUAAUUUUUUAAUCCGACGAUUGAAAGUCGCAUUGGCAAGCUAGGACGUGUAAAUUGUAUGGCGUGUAUUCGAAAUGAUUGUGCAUAUGGUGGAGUUAUUCAGGGUCUUGAAAUGUAAUGCGAUAGUAUACUUGUGUUCAUAUAUAACAAACAGUUGAGUAAAAGCCGUGUUUUUACAGCCGCGCUCACGUAAAUAAUAAACAAUUACAUACUCUUUGUAGAACAAAAGUAAUAUAUUUUCUAAAAUGAAAAUAUUUUAUUGUGAGCAGUGUACAAUUUUGUUAUUAGUGAUCUUAAUAUUUAUCAACAUACAAACGCUUGUGAACGCGGCAAAUGAAACCGUAGAUGGCGAAGAGUGCCCUCCAUUGUCCAAUGCUGGGACUUUACAACAAACCCAACUGAUUCAAAGGUUAACGCACGUUUGCCGGUAUGAUCGUUUGGAGCGUCCAAUAGAAUACAAUAAUGUGACCCUGAAGCGUAUGCCCAUUGUUGUCAAGACGAGGAUUUAUGUAUACUUUCUGCAAAAUCUAAACUCCGACUUGCUCCAAUUUAAGAUGCACGCGCUUUUACAAUUAAGUUUUCUGGAUAUGCGCUUAGCCUACAAAGAAUAUGCGCCGGAGCGAAGAGAUAACAUUUUGGGCCAAAAGCAUUUGAGCGAACGCCUAUGGUUGCCACACAUAUUUUUUGCAAAUGAACGUGAAUCGGGUAUUUUGGGAACCGACGAGAAGGAUGUGCUGACAUCAAUAUCUCCUGAUGGAAAUGUUAUUAUUUCUACUCGAAUGCAAGCCACUCUAUAUUGUUGGAUGAACUUCAAGAAGUUUCCUUUUGAUCAGCAAUUUUGCUCUACCCACUUAGAAAGUUGGAUGUACAAUACGUCGGACUUGGUGCUCGAAUGGGAGGACCAUUCGCCCAUAUCUUUUGAUCCCGAAAUGCGUUUGACGGAAUACAAUAUGGCCCGUUUUUGGCACAACACAACUAUUGUGCAUUCAGAUAAUGUCAAUUUGCGGCAUGGCGCAUUCAUGGGCGAUUAUAGUUCACUCAGUUUUACGGUCGACUUGAAGCGUGAAAUUGGGUUUUAUCUAUUGGACUAUUACUUGCCAUCGAUGAUGAUUGUCGCCAUCUCAUGGGUGUCCUUCUGGUUGCAGGCCGAUGCCUCCCCGCCACGCAUAAUGUUGGGCACAAGCACGAUGUUAUCGUUUAUUACACUGUCCUCGUCGCAAAGCAAGACUCUUCCAAAAGUUAGUUACAUAAAGGUAUCAGAAGUUUGGUUUUUGGGGUGCACUUUCUUUAUUUUUGGUAGCCUCGUGGAGUUCGCAUUUGUCAAUACAAUAUGGCGGCGCAAGGAGAAUAUUGAACUAAAGAAGGUGAACAGUAAAUAUAUUAUAAAAUCCACGUUGACGCCGAGGCCGGCGCGCCGUCAAAUGGGCGGUAAUUUAAGCAACGAGUCCCGGACCCGCUCUUGUUCCAGCUUGGAUAAUAUUGUAUCGAGCACGGUGAGCGUGAGCAAUGGAACUGUAAAUGCGGGCUUUAAUAAUUAUCUUACUGUUCAUACGCUGCCUAUCAUAACGACAGAAUGUGCUGACAGCGGAACUGUGACAAACAACGAAUCGGGCCAACAUAAUUCCAAUAACGAUCACGUUGUAGAUAUUGACAAGGACAAAAAAAACGAAAAGGAGCACACGUUUACGACCAUGACCCCACAGGAAAUUGCCAUGUGGAUAGAUAGACGCUCCCGCUGCGUUUUUCCAGUCAUGUUUUUAGCUUUUAAUGCGCUUUAUUGGACGUUUGUAUAUUGUUUUUAAUAUCAUUUAAAAAGGUUGAUUGUUGCCAUAUUUGUGAAUUCUUGUCGCCUAUUGUUGUACCAAUAUUAUAUUAGUAUGUAAAUAUGUAUAUAUAAGUUAUAAUAUCUCAUAGUUUACAACAGUCCUUUGCAAAUUAAAUUAAUGCACAUUCCA